GUGAAACAUUAGACAAAACAUGUGAUAAUGUUUUGAAUAUUUAUUACAUUUAUUGGUUUAUUGAUAAUUAAGUGGUAAUAAUGUCUUCAAAUGCAUUACAACUUAUUCAUAGUCAGUAUGGAUCAGAUUCAGACACAGACUCGGACUCAAACUCGAUUCAAGUCAUAACUGGCCGCCGAUCACGAGAGCCAUCGCCAGAUGAGUCUUCAUCUUCUUCGUCAUCCGAUUGGUGUUUGUCUUCAAGUGAAGACUCGGAUGAAGACAUCGACAAACACAAAGAUGUUGAGUGUAUUACCAUAGAAGACGAUGAAAAUAAAGAGUUUAAUAAUGAACAAACAACGACAAGAAAUAAACCUAAAAGACAAAUAAAAACAAAGGGUGAACUAAGUCUCGAUGAUUUACCACCCAUUGAAAAGUUGACAAUUAGUGUCAAAAUCGAAGAACUAACACAAUUGGGAACCAUUUCGUCAAUUGUCGACCAAUUGGUUGUCAUUCAAUCAUUUAGAUUAAUGCCAGCUCUUGACUUAGAUUCAGUGCUGUUCUUCAAUAACGGUCAACCAUUGGGACAGAUAUUUGAUGUGUUUGGACCAGUGAUUGAACCGCGAUAUGCGGUCCGAUUUAACAGCAAUCAAGACAUUGUGGACGACAACAUAAUAGUUGGACAACCCAUAUAUUAUGCACCACAACAACAGCAACCGAUAACAGGAUUUAUAUUUGCUGAACAACUCCGACGAUUGAAAGGAUCAGAUGCCUCGUGGCGUCACAAUAACGAACCCCCCGAAGACUGUAUCGAGUUUUCCGACGAUGAGGCCGAACGACAGACAAUGAAAAAGCUUCGGGCAAAGCGACCACACAAUCAAUUAAAACAACAAAAACGGCCGCAAAACAAAUCAAUCAAUCAUAGCAAACAAACUGUUAAUUAUUAUAAUCAUACAAAUACAGCACCGAUAGAUCAAGCAUUACCCACAUCUAUAGUUCAAUCAGCGAUGCAAACAGUAGUUAAUGGUACAGAUAAUCAACAAAUGAAUCAAAAUAAUGGUGUUUUAGAUAAUGUCAUACCAGCACAAUGUCAGCCAACAACUCAACAA